GUGCGUGCGUUUGUGAUGGCUGCGAUGUCUAGGAAUCUGCCACUGGGGUUUAGGUUCCGUCCGACGGAAGUGGAAAUCAUCGACUACUUGUGGUUAAAGAUCACUGGGAAUGACGGAGAAGUUGACUUUAUUCCCGUAGUUGAUUUCUUCAAACAGGAGCCCUGGGAGUUGCCAGGUUUAUCCGGCAUAGCGACAAAGGAUCAACAGCGGUUCUGCUUCUCGCCGCCGGACAUGAAGCAGCCGAAUGGGAAACUGUUUAACAGGACGACCAAUUCUGGGUUCUGGAAAGUGACCGGUAAGGAUAAAGAAAUCUGGUCCGGAGGGAGAUUGAUUGGAAAGAAAAAGAUACUGGUAUUCCAUUUGGGGAGUACUAAAAACAGCAAGAAAACUGACUGGGUAAUGCAUGAGCACCACACAACCCUGGAGGAGCUUGAUGGCACAAAAUUACCCGGCCAGAAACCUUAUGUCUUCUGUCGUUUAUUCUAUAAACCUAAGCAAAACUCUGGCAAAGCUCCAGAAUCUCCAGCAUUGGAUGUGCAAGCUGAAGAUCGUCAUCCAACAACUAAUGAAUCUCGUCAUUCUGAAAAUUCUGAUGGAAUGGCAUGUGACACUAUAGCAACUACUCGACCUGCCAAGUCGGCUUCAGAAUCUCCCGACAAGGGUAGCAAAGGUCGAAAGCGAAAGUACCCUGCCAUUACCAAGGCAGGACCUUCCAAGUCUAAACGAAGGGUUGAUCUGCAACCGGAGACCCCCUUAACUUCACUCUCCGAUGCAGCCGCUGUUUCAUUUCCUAAUACAGCCAAAUCUUCUCCUGAAGAAGCAGAGUCUGACCCACGACAGGCUUCAGCAUCAGGAGAGGAAGGUGACAAACAAGUCACAGGAUACUGUCCUGCAAAAAAUUUACAUGAAACUACCGCAAAUACUAUAGCAUUCACUGAGCUUAAACACAUUAAUGAUAAUACAGAAAAGGCACAAGUGACAGAUACGGAGUUUGAUCAGCUACUGCAGGAAGAACUGAAAUUGCUCCCUUUCCUGCUGCAAAAUCAAAUAGAUUGGAACGUCAAUUCACCUGCCGUUCCAUCUCCUAACACAGCUAAAUCUUCUCCUGAAGAAGCAGAGUCUGACCCAAGACAAGCGCCAGCAUCUCCAGCAUCAGGAGAAGAAGCUGACAAUCAUGUCACAAGUUUUUCACCUACAAAAAAUUUAGAUGAAUCGACAUCUAACACUAAAGCAUUCACUGGGUGUAACCGCAUUAGUGAUAAUACCCAGACUACAAAAUCAACAGCUGGUGAUCAGGUGGGAGACUCAAAUAUGUCCUGUGCCCCACCAGAGCUACCAGUACCUGAUAUAGAUUGGAGCUCGCUCUUGCUCAGCCCAGUACACUCGCAGAUGCAAAAAGUGUUGGAUCCUUUCAGCAUGUCUUCUUUUGACGCCAAUGAAACAAACUACCUUUAUGACGGGGUGGCUUGGCAAAAUGGCACAAUUGAUUCAGCCGCCUAUUGUUCUGAGUUCUGGGAUCUAAUGCCUGAUGAAUCCCUUCGUAAUGAUCCUAGCAGUCAAAAGACUCUUGCUUUUGACCCAAGACCAUGGUUCAUGGAAUCUGAUAAGGACGACGGAUCACACAGUGCACCGAAUGCAAAAAAGCUCAAUGCACUGCUCCAGUUUGAUCCAACGGUUCAAGAUUCUGUGAGGUCUAUAGAGAUCAAUACAGAAGCUGUUUCAUCAGGGUCCUAUAUUGAUGGAGGUACUUCUUCAAUCAGAUCUAGCUAG